AUGUCUACCAGUGUUCACAGACCUCAAAGAGAAGCCCUAUCGCCGUUCAUCGCAUCAUCGAUUCGACAACCUGCGAGACGUGGUCUCUCAAUAUCCCAACAUUUGACAGUUCCAUUCCCCGAUGUUAUGGAUACAAAUCUGCACACAAAGAGUCUCGAGUUCUAUGGCGCGUCUUCUUCAGUAGCCUUUCUUCAGCACGUUGAUGACAUAUCGGGCAAUAACACUAGCGAGCAAUUACCAUACUCGACUCCGAGUAUACUGACUGGGAUUGGCGAUGGUAGUAAUGACCGGUUUUACUUUCGAGUAGGCAGGAGAUUUCUCGAUGCCUACUUCAGCAACAUCCACUGCAUUCAACCUAUCUUUGACCAAGAGGAAUUUUUGACUCGUUGUGAAGAUCUGUGGUUCGGAAAGUAUGAACGGCAGCCGAUGACUUUUUUUGCACUUUAUUAUGCAACAUUGAGUCUAGGAAGCCUUGUGAUGGUCUGGGAUGAGGGAGAGAUAUACGGUGGCGAUCGAUUUUCAUGGAGCCGAAAGCUUUUCAAUCAGACACUUGGGAUUGGGAAAGUCUGUCAACACGAACUGAACCCACAUGCCACGUAUUUAUAUUCUGGACAGGCUACUCGCACUGCUUUGGCAACUGGGCUGAACCGGCUGCCCUAUGGCAAGCCUUCUGACCCCCGGUCGCCCACUGUAGCAGCGAAGACGUGGUGGGCCGUUUAUUGCCUCGACAUACAAACGAGCUUUGCGCUUGGCAGACCCGAUAGUCUAGGCCCUGAUGAGUAUCAUACCCAGGAUAUUCCUGGUGAUUCAAGGCCUUCUGAUGUGGAGCAUUCGAGUAAUAACCUUCGUGUGCUACAAUUUGUGCCAUGUAUGGUAAAACUUUCAAGGCUCAUGCGGAAAGUCGGUCUUAGGUUGUACAGUCUACCUUGCCCUCCCCGGGAAGAACUCUCUCGGGCAACAGAACUGGAUGCUCAAUUGGACUACUGGUUUCAGCAAGUUCCAUGCCACUUGAAGCCGCAAAAGGCUACUACUCAGGAACCCCCUUUGAAGCGCACAGGGACAGCAAGCUUUUUCAAAAAGCAGUCGGUUGUGUUGAUGACACGCUAUCUCAAUCUUCGAAUGAUCAUAUUUGGCAAGUCAUUGACAUUGACCGAGGUAGCUGAUGAGGACAUGCCAGCAAUCCGUGAAUGUCAACAGAAAUGCAUCGAGUCUGCCAGCCAAGCAAUUGACCUAGUCUAUGAUACAUUCAAGAAUUAUGAGUUUUUUCAAACAUGCAACGGCAUCACCAUUAGGUGGUACACCUCCACAUACGUAUUGUUCGCAGUCAGUGUCCUCCUCACGGGAAUCUUUCAUGGAAUUGCACAAGACAACAAAAGACUUGAUACAUUGUUCAAGAAGGUUGAUCGAGCAAUUGCUAUUCUGGACGUUCAAAAUGAAUGUGUCGUGACUCGAAACGCCACCAUCAUUAUCAAAAGAACGCUCGCUCGAGCAAAGAGAGCUUCAAGAAGAGAGCUUCACGCACAGCAAAAUUCUCCCACCACAGGUCCUGAGAAUCAACAGCAAGAUCCCACAGGUAAUAAUCUUCCUUCUGAUUACACAGGAGACCUGUCACACAUGGGCGAUGCUGAAAUUGAUUGGGGAAGUCUGGAAUUACCUAUGGAUGAUAGUCAACCGGCUCUCUUCUGGGUGGAAUGGGGACAUCUUUUAAAUGACUUGGGGGCAUAA